GGAAGUGGUUAGAUCAUUUAUUGGAUAACGAAAGCUCGCCCUAGCAAAUUUGCCCACCCACUCAAAGCGAUAUUUUAAAUAAGAACUUCACGUUGAACAUCGAACCACCCCACAAUCGAAGUCACGAUCAACUACUCUGCCGUCGAAUUCCAGCAGAGAUAAUUAAGGGAGCUUGAUACAGCAAAAGGCUUGUAUCUUGGGGUCGUAAUAAGCGCAUUACAUCACCCUCCAAAGGCAAAAGCACACCUAUCAAAAAAAAAUGUCUAGAGUCGCAAAUAAUCGCGAUUGGGCCGAUGAUGAGGAUCUCGAGGAUUCUAACGAGCUCCCACAGUCAACCACCACUACCAACAAAGAUGGCACACAAACGAUUGUAACCUGGAGAUUCAACGAUGAUGGAAAGAAGGUCAAGACUACUCGCCGCAUCAGAUUCACGAAAGUCAAAGAAAUCGUGAACCCAAGGGUCGCUGAGAGAAAAUCCUGGGGCAAAUUCGGAUUAUCCCAAAAGGAUGCUGCAGGGCCUGCUUCGGAUACAACCAGUGUAGGAGAGAACAUUAUAUUCAGACCAAGCACAAACUGGAGAAAGGACGCCAAGGAGGAGGUCUCGGAUGCCGGAGCCAUGAAGAACAAGUUGAAGGACAAGCAAGUCAAAUGUCGUAUUUGUAGCGGAGAGCAUUUCACAGCUAAGUGUCCUUUCAAAGGUACCAUGGCACCUUUGGGCGAGGAAGGGGCAGUCGAUGUCGCAGCUGGUCACGCAGAUACUCCAGAGGGUCCAGGUGGCCUUGGUGCUGGCAAAUCUUCAUACGUACCACCUCAUCUCAGAAAUGGCGGUACCGCUGGUGGUGAGAGAAUGGGUGGCGGCAAGUUCGAGAGGGAUGAUUUGGCUACUUUACGUGUCACUAACGUGUCAGAAAUGGCCGAGGAACAAGAACUUCGGGAUAUGUUCGAACGUUUCGGCAGAGUCACAAGAGUUUUCUUGGCGAAGGACCGAGAAACUGGUUUGGCAAAGGGCUUUGCAUUUAUUAGUUUCCAGGAAAGAUCAGAUGCUGCAAAGGCUUGCGAAAAAAUGGACGGUUAUGGUUUCAAGCAUUUGAUUUUACGAGUCGAGUUUGCAAAGAAGGCUUCAUAGAUAUAUCGAGAUUUAUGAAAGGGCGGUUAUGUGUAAUGGGAUAUCAUUGUUUCCUUGCCUUUAUUGGUCAUGGCUUAUGGAUUUUAUGAACUUUUCUUCACUAUCAGAACUGUUCUGACCGCAAGUAUGAAAAAAAUCAAUUACGCGAGAUACUUUUGAACCAAAAUUCCUCGUACCUGAACAUUGAAAUGCAGCCUAAGACUACAAGUGAAGAUGUAAAACACUAGGGCAAUCAUCGCUGCAUUAUCCA